GGGGUCAGAGAUCCGGCGUGUUCUCGGACGAUGAAGACACAGACACGGAGGAAUACAGAGAAGCGAGGGAGAGUAUAAAUCCAGUCACCGGACGAGUGGAAGAGAAGAGUCCAGAUCCAAUGGAGGGAAUGACGGAGGAGCAGAAAGAGAUUGAGGCCGUGAAGCUGGUCGAGAGAAAGUUCAAGUUAGCAGAGAAACGUUUGAAUGCCUUCGUCAUCCAGAACUUCACUGGAUCAGAAACUCCAAACCAGAAGAGACCGAGAGAGAAAGUCAAGUUAGCAGAGAAACGUUUUAAUGCCUUCGUCAUCCAGAACUUCACUGGAUCAGAAACUCCAAACCAGAAGAGACUGAGAGAGAAAGUCAAGUUAGCAGAGAAACGUUUUAAUGCCUUCGUCAUCCAGAACUUCACUGGAUCAGAAACUCCAAACCAGAAGAGACCGAGAGAGAAAGUCAAGUUAGCAGAGAAACGUUUUAAUGCCUUCGUCAUCCAGAACUUCACUGGAUCAGAAACUCCAAACCAGAAGAGACUGAGAGAGAAAGUCAAGUUAGCAGAGAAACGUUUUAAUGCCUUCGUCAUCCAGAACUUCACUGGAUCAGAAACUCCAAACCAGAAGAGACUGAGAGAGAAAGUCAAGUUAGCAGAGAAACGUUUUAAUGCCUUCGUCAUCCAGAACUUCACUGGAUCAGAAACUCCAAACCAGAAGAGGCUGAGAGAGAAAGUCAAGUUAGCAGAGAAACGUUUUAAUGCCUUUGUCAUCCAGAACUUCACUGGAUCAGAAACUCCAAACCAGAAGAGACUGAGAGAGAAAGUCAAUUGAGCUGACAAACAGCAAGGAAGGAAACUGUAGCGCUGUGUCCGCCAUCUUGGCUCUGUCUCUCAAUUGAUCUCUAUGGGAGUUUGGCUCCGUGUCAGAGAUGGUGUCAGUUUCACCAUUAUUCUCUCUGAUUCUC